ACGUGUGGGUCGCAACACGUGCGUUUUAAAUAUUGUUUAAUAGUUGUUUUAAAUCAUCAUGUCGAUUAGAGAAAAGCUUUUAAUGAAAAAGAUUGUGAAGCGGGAGAAGAUGAAGAAGGAGCUCUCGCAAAAGAAAGGCAAAGCGAAAGCCCCAGCGCCGGAACCUGUUAAGAAACAACAAAAUGGUAAAGGCAAAGCGAAGAAGCAAGCCAAGCGACCUGUGGAAGAUGAAGAAGAUGAGCUGGAUGAUGACUUCCAGCAGCAACCACAGCCCAAAAAAAAGCAACAGCAGAAAAUCAAACGACAGAUUCAGGUAGCAAACUCGGAUUCAGAAGAAGACGAAGAUGAAGAAAUGGAGGAUGCUGAGGCGAGUGACAGUGAAGAAAGUAAUGAUGAAGAGGAGCUAGAUAAUCCAGACUCUGAUGAUGAUGAUGACGAUGAUGACGAGGACAUGCCAGUUGAGCAACCUACAACAGCCAAAAAGUCCAAGAAAGCGAGUGCAACAAAUGGCAAUUCCACAAAAGAUGAGCCCUUUAGCGUAGAGUCUUCGCUUAAUGCCUUAGAUUACCGUGACUCUGAUGAUCGCACAUUUGCUUCGCUCAAAGGCGCUGUCUCCGAGGCCACUUUACAGGCGAUUAGUGAAAUGGGAUUUACUGAAAUGACCGAAAUUCAAGCCAAGUCAUUGACGCCGCUGCUCAAAGGUCGCGAUCUGGUCGGCGCUGCUCAGACGGGUUCUGGCAAAACGCUGGCGUUCCUUAUACCAGCGGUGGAGUUGAUUAAUAAACUGCGGUUUAUGCCACGCAACGGCACAGGCGUCAUUAUCAUCUCACCCACACGUGAGUUGUCCAUGCAAACGUUUGGUGUGUUGAAGGAGCUCAUGGCGCAUCAUCAUCACACGUAUGGCUUGGUGAUGGGCGGGUCCAAUCGUCAGGUGGAAAGUGAGAAGCUGGGCAAGGGUAUAAAUAUACUUGUUGCCACGCCUGGUCGCCUGUUGGAUCACUUGCAAAACUCCCCGGACUUUCUUUACAAGAACUUGCAGUGCUUGAUUAUUGAUGAGGUUGAUCGUAUACUGGAAAUUGGUUUCGAGGAGGAGCUUAAGCAGAUUAUUAAUCUCUUGCCGAAGCGUCGACAGACUAUGCUCUUCUCAGCUACACAAACGGAGCGCAUUGAUGCGCUAUCCAAGCUGGCGUUAAAGAAGGAGCCCAUUUAUGUGGGUGUGCAUGAUAAUGAGGAGAAUGCUACGGUGGAGGGACUGGAACAAGGCUAUAUUGUCUGCCCAUCGGAAAAGCGUUUGCUUGUGCUGUUUACGUUCUUGAAAAAGAAUCGCAAGAAGAAGGUUAUGGUCUUCUUCUCCUCGUGCAUGUCUGUUAAAUAUCAUCAUGAGCUUUUCAACUACAUUGAUCUGCCGGUGACCAGCAUACAUGGCAAGCAAAAGCAAACGAAACGCACGACCACAUUCUUCCAGUUCUGCAACGCCGAGUCCGGCAUACUACUUUGCACGGAUGUCGCAGCGCGUGGUUUGGAUAUACCACAAGUGGAUUGGAUUGUGCAAUAUGAUCCGCCAGAUGAUCCACGCGAGUAUAUACAUCGUGUGGGACGUACUGCGCGUGGCUCUGGGCAAUCUGGUCAUGCACUGCUCAUGCUAAGGCCGGAGGAGCUUGGCUUUUUACGUUACCUUAAAGCAGCCAAGGUGCCUCUCAACGAGUUUGAGUUCUCUUGGCAGAAAAUUGCAGAUAUACAGCUACAGCUGGAAAAGUUAAUUUCUAAGAACUAUUUUCUUAAUCAGUCGGCCAAGGAGGCCUUCAAAUCAUAUGUGCGCGCCUAUGACUCGCAUCAACUGAAGCAAAUAUUUGAUAUAAACACUGUCGACUUGCAGGCGGUGGCCAAGAGCUUUGGCUUUCUGGUGCCGCCUGUGGUCGAUCUUAAAGUGGGUGCGGCCAAGCGACAGCGGCCCGAGAAGCGUGUGGGUGGCGGUGGUUUUGGUUACUACAAGAAUAUGAACGACAGCAAUCCCAAGCAUCGCGCCUUUAAGCAGGUCAAUCGGGAUCAGGCCAAGAAAUUUAUGCGUUAGUUUAGCAAUAAAAUUAUACCAUACUGUUAAUACAUUAUUUUGUAUAUUGUGACAAAAAGAGCAACAAAUUA